UAUCAUCGAAGCAGAAAAGUAGCUGACUGUAGUAGUUAAGCAGAAGAAGCAGCCAUACACAACCCUCUCUGGCUCUUCCUUUCUCAGCUUAGCUUACACUAUCACGUGGCUUUCCAUACUUCUUCACCCACCUUCACGCAUGACGCACCUCCGUCUCCUCAUUUAAUGCCCAAUCCUAUCCCUUCCUCAUUUCUAUCCCACCCCACCUCUCUAGAUACCUCCACCACCCCUCUACACCGGCGAUGGCCGGGACCAACGCCACCGCCUUAUCUCACCUUCCCGAUGAGAUCCUCGCCAACGUAUUUGCUGCCGUCUCCGACACUCGCACCCGCAACGCCCUCUCCCUCGUCUGCCAGAGCUUCCGCCGUCUCGAGAGGAAGACCCGCACCUCCCUCACGCUCCGAGGCAACGCGCGUGACCUCCACCUCAUCCCUGACUGUUUCAGCUACGUCACCGACCUCGACCUCUCUCUCCUCUCUCCUUGGGGCCACUGCCUCCUCGCCCACCGCCUGCGCGACGCUUUCCCUCGCGUUACUUCGCUCACCGUCUACGUCCGCUCUUCCGCCACGCUCCAGCUUCUGCUUCUCGAUCCGUGGCCAGAAUUGCGCCACGUCAAGCUCGUCCGUUGGCAUCAAAGGCCAGCGUCGACGCCCGGGUCCGAUUUCGCCGUAUUGUUCGAGAAAUGCAAAUCACUGUGGUCUUUGGACCUGUCCAGCUUCUACCACUGGACCGAGGAUCUCCCUCCUGUUCUGACGGCUAAUCCGGUUACGGCUGCCUCGCUAAAGGGGCUGAACCUGCUGACGACGUCGUUUACUGAUGGAUACAGGUCUUAUGAAAUCCAGUCCGUCACUGCGGUUUGCCCUAACCUUGAGCACCUUCUGGUGGCUUGUGCCUUCGAUCCAAGGUAUCUUGGGUAUGUUGGAGAUGAGACUCUGUUAGCAAUAGCUUCCAAUUGCUCUAAGCUAUCGCUUCUUCAUCUUGCUGAUACAUCUUCAUUGGCUAACCGGAGGGGUGAUCCUCUCGACGAGGGGUAUACUGCAGAGGAUGCUAGGAUUAGCCGUACAACACUAAUUGAGUUGUUUUCUGGGCUCCCUUUGCUUGAAGAGCUGGUGCUAGAUAUUUGUAAGAAUGUGAGAGACAGCAGCUUUGCCUUGGAAGUGCUGAAUUCCAAAUGCCCCAGGUUGAAGGUACUCAAGUUAGGCCAAUUUCACGGGAUUUGCUUAGCCAUUGGGUCACAGCUCGAUGGGAUUGCCCUCUGCCAAGGACUUGAAUCUUUGUCGAUUAAGAAUUGCGCAGACUUGACGGACAUGGGUUUGAUAGAGAUUGCCAGGGGUUGCUCAAGAUUGGUCAAGUUUGAAGUACAGGGAUGCAAGCAUAUAACGGAAAAAGGGCUGAGGACGAUGGCUUGCCUACUUCGCAAGACUCUGAUCGAUGUUAAGAUUUCUUGCUGCUUGAAUCUUGAUACUGCUGCGUCUCUGAGAGCUUUGGAGCCAAUUCGUGAUCGGAUCGAGCGGCUUCAUGUGGAUUGUGUGUGGAAUGACUUGAAAGAAACUGAUAGUCUGGGAAAAACCAACCUUAAUUUCGGCCUUAACGGCUUUGAUGAACCGUGUUCUUCAACCACUAAGGCUGCUGAAGAAUUUGUGGAUUAUUUUGGGAGUAGUGCAGAUAUAGAAACAAGCAAGAGGAAGAGGCAGAGAUGCAAUUACUUAAUGGAGGCCAAUUGGAGCAACGGUAAUGGUUAUUGGUGCAACAGCUGGGACAGGUUGAAAUACCUUUCCCUUUGGAUAGGAGUUGGGGAGCUACUGACUCCAUUGCCAGCGGCAGGGCUGGAAGAUUGCCCCAACUUGGAAGAGAUUCGCAUUAGGGUUGAAGGAGAUUGCCGAGACCGGCCAAAACUGUCUGAGCAUGAAUUCGGGCUGAGCAUUCUCACAUGCUAUCCUCAGCUCAUAAAGAUGCAGUUAGAUUGUGGGGAGACAAGGGGUUAUGCUCUCACGGCACCUUCUGGGCAGGUGGAUUUGAGCCUGUGGGAGAGGUUCUUCCUCAAUGGUAUUGGCACCUUGACUCUUCAGGAACUUGAUUACUGGCCGCCACAAGAUGAAGAUGUGAACCAAAGGAGCCUAUCUCUUCCAGCUGCUGGCUUGCUCCGAGAAUGUGACACUCUAAGGAAACUCUUCAUUCAUGGAACAACCCAUGAACAUUUCAUGAAUUUCUUCCUCAAGAUACGCAACCUGAGGGAUGUGCAGCUGAGGGAGGAUUAUUAUCCAGCACCAGAGAAUGACAUGAGUACAGAGAUGAGAGUGGCUUCAUGCAGCCGCUUUGAAGAUGCUUUAAAUAGUCGUCCAUUCUAUGAUUGACCCACGAAACGCUUGGAAGCAGAGAGAGGGAAGAAGAGAUUCUGGCCAAGGUUGUUUGUGUAAUGUGCAGUUCAUCAUAAAUAUCUUUUUCCUUACAAUUUUAUCAGUAGCAAUGCAAGGUUCUGGCCCAAUUGAGUCAUGAA